UUUGAUAAGUUUGUUAUAAGGGUCCAAACUUACCGUUAGUAGAUAUGGUUCUAACUCGACUUUGCUUCCCUUCCUAACUCUUUGAUAAGGAUACAUUACUUGUUAUAAACGCCAAAUCUCUCUGCCAGUCCUAAGAUAGACGCCAAGAGGGAGAGAGAGCGAGAGAGAGAGAGAGAAAGGAUCUGAGUUUGGGCAUGGGGAAAUGUGAAGCCGCUUGAAAGGCCUAAUUUUCUUCUACCUUCUUCUUAUAACCCAAAUCAUUUCCCAUUUUUACCCAUUUAUCAUCUCUCAAUCCCACCAUAAUCAUCAUUAUUAUCAUUUAAGCUUUAGAAGAAGACAUGAAAGGAACAUACUGUUGUUGUUGUUGUUUUAUAUUGACUCUGCAAUUAGCUUGUUGGGUUUCUGCAGCAACCACAACUUUUGCUCUCCUUCCUCAUAAACAACAAGGUUUCAAUUUUGAUUCUGUGAAGGCUGUUGAAGAAGGUGUAGUAAAAGAGGGAGAAGUUUAUAGAGGGAUGAGGAAAAUAGGGUCGAGUCCGCCGAGCUGUGAGCACAAAUGCUAUGGGUGCUCUCCAUGUGAAGCCAUUCAAGUGCCUACCAACAACAGGCGCAGCCAUGUGGGGAUCCAAUACACUAACUAUGAGCCUGAGGGAUGGAAAUGCAAGUGUGGCCCUUCCUUUUACAGCCCUUGAUUUGAUUCUAAACCUGAGAGAGAUAAUUAAAAGUAUUAGAAUAACCUCCUCUUAA